AUUAUAGAAUUUAUUUGCAAAUGUUCAAUAUCUACAAUUCAAAAAAUAUGUUAAUUCUAUAGACUUUAAUCUCGUUUUUAUAUCAGUAUCAGCAAACGGCUUUAGAAAGAACUUCCGUUAAUAUCAGCAUUUUUAAGGAAGUUAUAGAUGAAUCUGAUGGUUGUGGUGCUAAAUUUUCUGUAACAAUUGUUUCUAGUGUUUUUGAAGGAAAAUCUUUACUUCAACGACAUAGAUUGGUAAAUUCAAUAUUAGAAAAAGAACUUAAAACAAUUCAUGCAUUUUCACAAAAAACAUUAACACCAGCAGAGUGGAAAAAAUAGGAAAUGAUAAAAAAAAAUAUCUUUCAUUAAUAUUCAAUUUAAUUAUAAUUUAUUUUUAAAAUAAAUUGUUUCAUUUCUAAGUUUUAUAAAUAAAAUACAAGAAAUUUAAAAUGAUUCAAUUUAAAGUAUCUGCACCAGGAAAAGUUAUUCUUUUUGGAGAACAUGCUGUAGUAUAUGGAAAAACAGCUGUUGCAGCUAGCAUAGAUUUACGUACAGUUCUAAAUUUUACAGAGUUACCUGAAGCAGAACAAGUUGUUAAAAUAUGCUUUUCUAAAGUAAAUUUAUUUAUUACUAUACCUCUGCAACAAAUACAAAAUUUCUUUUUUAUUAAUAAAAACGUGGAAUUUAUAGAAAAUUAUGAGAUAUUUUAUAACAAAAUAAAAGAAUUUGUCUGUAUUGUUAGUUAUGCAAAUUUUCAACAAAAAUUAAGUUUAGAAGCAUUCUUCUAUACUCUUAUUUAUAUUGCACAAAAGGAAGAAAUGGAAAUAAAACCAUUUCAAAUUCAAUUAAAUACAGAAUUGGCAAUUAAUUCUGGACUUGGUAGUUCUGCUUCUUUUGCAGUUUGUCUUGCUGCAUGUUUUGUACAUUGGUCACGUUUACAAAAAAAUAUUUAUAAAGUAUUUGAUUUUUCUACUUUAGAUAUUAUUUCAAAAUAUGCUUUAAACUGUGAAAGAAUUAUGCAUGGUAAUCCAUCUGGAAUAGACAAUUGCAUCUGUACAUAUGGAUCAAUAAUAGAAUUUAAAAAGGGUAAUUAUAUACAACCAAUAAAUAAUAUACAAGCAAUGAAAAUUUUAUUAGUAGAUACAAGAGUAAAUAGAAGUACUAAAGCUUUAGUUGAAAAAGUAUUAGAAUUAAAACAUACAUAUCCAGUUAUUAUUGAUCUGAUUAUGGAUUCAAUAGAUAAUAUAUCAAAAGAAGCAAUUAAAAUUAUUCAAAAAUUGAAAACUUUCUCAAAUACCAAUGAAUUUUUUUUGGAAGGAUACAAACAAUUAAUGAUACUUAUUAACAUGAAUCAAGGACUGUUAGCCACAUGUCAAAUUUCUCAUCCAUCUUUGGAUAGAAUUUGUGCAGAAGCACAAAAUUAUGGUUUAGCAGCAAAGCUUACAGGUGCUGGUGGUGGUGGACAUGCAUAUAUUCUCUUAUUACCAGAUACACAACCAGAAACUAUUUCAAGUAUUUCGCGAAAAUUAAUUGCAGACGGAUUUACUGUUAAAUUAACAACUUUGGGGUGCUCCGGUGUACAAAUUAAUUAAUGACGUCAUUAUAAAUAUUAUAUACAUUGAAUAUUAGAAAUAUUGAUAUUUAUGUAUAUAAUCGUAACUAAGAUGGUUCAAAU